CAGGGUCAAUUAUUAGCUUGGACCAGGAGAAGUCAGUUUCGGCCUCGAACUUUGACCCGUUUUCCGGCGUUGCUUCCGGCGUUCCUCCCACUUUGCUCACGAGCCAUGUCUGGCCGACCUAAACGCGCACCAAAACGUUCUCGCAAAUAUUCCGACGAGGAGGAGCUGGAUGACGAGGAGCUGAGCGAGGAGGAGGUUCCGCUGGACGAAGACAGCGAGGAGGAAGAAAAGCCCAAGAAGAAAGCCAAAGCGCCGGCAGCAAAAGCGACGCCUAAGCCUAAGAAGCAAACGGCUGCAUUCACGAACUCCUCAGGAUGGUCAUUUGAGCCGCCGUCGCUCCUUUACAAGACCUACGGUGAUCCACGACCAAACAACAAGAUUGCUGCUGUUGACCUGGACGGUACCAUGGUCAAUACCAAGAGCGGUGCGCAGUUCCCCAAGGAUGAAUCAGACUACAAGUGGUUUAACAAGAACACGGCCAACGCCAUCCGGGCCUAUCACGACUCGGGGUACAAGGUAGUCAUCUUCACCAACCAGGGAGGCGUAAAGAGCGCCGUGACGGGCAAGAUGGCGGAAAAGGUCAAGGGGCGGAUUGACGCAGUGGUUAAGGAGUUGGGUAUUCCCGUACAGGUAUUCGCUGCGACGUUGGACGACCAGAACCGCAAACCCAACACGGGCAUGUGGCACUUCUUCUGUCAGCGACACAACGGCGGAGUGCAGCCAGACCUGUCCAAGAGCUUCUACGUGGGUGAUGCGGCGGGUCGGCCAGGUGACUUUGCUGACAGCGACAAGGCGUUUGCGGCCGC